ACAUGGUACUAUCAAAAAGAAGGAAAAAGCUGGGCUCUGUUCAUAUAUAUAUGUACAGCUAUUGGGCAGAACCAAUAAAAAUUCCUCUCUUUGCUUCUGUCUCUAUCUUUCUUCUCCCAUUGGCCGGAUUAUUACGUCACUCAUCGGAAUCAACUAACCUAAUUUCACCUUCCGGCAAGAUCUGGUAAUGCUUAAUUUUGGAUUCUGAAAGCUCUUUUUCGAGAACUUUUGGGGUGAAUUUUGCAAUUUUUUUGAAAUUAUGAAUGAAGGGUAGUGUGAGAUCAGGGGGGGGGGGGGGUAUAGUGAAGAAGAAAAGUUCAUCUGGGUGUUUGAUAAUAAGAAGAAUUUGAAUUUCUGAAAGCUCAAGAACUUUUGGGGUUAAUUUGCAAUUUAUGCAAACUAUUAAUGGUUGAGUUGAGAUCAGGGGGUGUAGUGAAGAAGAAAAGUUCAUUAGGGUGUUUGAUAAUUAACCAGAAUUUGGGUUUCUGAAACUCUUUUGAGAACUUUUGGGGUUAAUUUGCAAAUUUAUGAAUUAACUUUUAAGGGUUGAGUAUGGAAGGUAGUGUAAGAUCAGGGGGUGUAGUGAAGAAGAAAAGUUCAUCAGGGUGUUUGAUAAUUAAGAAAAAAGAUGAUAGAAUAGGUGUGGGUUCUUCAAUGGGUUCACAAAAGGUGAAAAAGAGGCCAAGAAUGGUUGAGAGUAGUGAUUUGGAGUCGAGCGAAGAGUUAUUGGAGCCAAUUAGGAGAAAGAGUGGAGAGAAAUAUCAUAAUGGGGGAGUUGGUGGUGUAAAAAGUGGUGUGGAAAGUAGAGAUUUUGGUAGGAAUGGGAAAAUUGAGAGUGAGAGGAAGAGAAGUAAGUUAGAUUUGUUUGAUUUCGACGAAUACGAUGAAUUUGAUGAGGAGAUGAAGUGGAACGUUGCGAGAACGGGGAGUUCUAGGGAGUUUGUAAGUGGUGGUUCUAGUAGGAAUAUGAUGACUGAGAAGAGGAAGCACUCCAACAUUGAUAGUUCGAGUAGCUUGUCGGGUAGUAGGACUAAGGGCGAUGAAUAUGGGGUCAAGAAAAGGUGUGAUUUUGACGAUGAUGAAACACAUAUACCCAUUUCAUCAUUGCUUAGGUUGAAGUAUCAGGACUCGUCUCAAGAACCAAUAAGAUUGCAAGGGAAAAAUGGAGUCUUGAAGGUAAUGGUGAAUAAGAAGAAGAAGAUAGAGUUAUCACACAAGGAAUAUGAUGUUGAAAGUAGGAAAGGUUCCAGGUCUGAAGAUGUUGUCAGGAAGGAUUUGCUAGGCCGAGCUUCUUUGUACUCGGAUUCUAAACGCCCUGAAAAGCGACCAGUGUCCAUUAAAACGGAGCAGACCGAGCUGAAAUCACAAAAAUCUGUCUUGGCAAAAGGCAUUAAGUCUGUAGACUCUGAAAAUGAUGAGACUGAUACAUCACUUAAGUUGGCACCACCUAGUUCGCAGCCUGUCAGCUCAAAGACAAGGGGGACUAAGGAAGAAAGCAGGUCCUUAGCAGCUGAAGAUGUUACCCCUGUUAAGAGCAAAGAAGGAAAAUUGAAGCGACGUGCGAGCAUGGAGAAGCAGCAGCUGCAGCCUGCUAGCUCAAAGGCGAGGGUGAUUAAGGAAGAAAGCAGAUACAUUGCAGCUGAAAAUGUUACCCCUGCCAAAACCAAAGAAGGAAAAUUGAAACGAGGUGGGAGUACUGAGAAGCAGCAACUGCGAGAGAGAAUAAGAGGAAUGCUUAUUGAAGCUGGAUGGACCAUUGAUUAUAGACCGAGAAGGAACAGAGAUUACUUAGAUGCAGUGUAUAUUAAUCCUAGUGGAACAGCGUACUGGUCAAUAAUUAAGGCUUAUGAUGCAUUGCAAAAACAGUCAGGGGAAGAUCCAGGCAAAAGUAAACAUGAUGGUGGCUCUACUUCAUUUGCUCCAUUAGCUGAUGAGUUAAUCAAUAAGCUAACCAGGCAAACAAGGAAGAAGAUUGAGAAAGAAAUGAAGAAGAAAAGAAAAGAUGAUGCCAAGAACCGAGAUUACAAAAAGUCUACCAUGCAAGAGUCUGCAGAGGAUACAGAUGGUGAUCAGCAUGAGGAGAGGCUAAGUAGCUAUGUAAAGAAGAAAGGUAAGUUUCUGAAAAGCAAGUCUAAUGCAACAGAUCAGGAGAGUGAUGGUGAUACAAGUGGCGAUUCUUCAAAGGGAGGAAGAUCUAAGCCGGAUAUGUCUGGAAAAUCAUCUAUUGGGGCUGCUUCCAAUACAAGAAGAAGUAGGAUAAUUGGGAGAUGUACAUUGUUGGUCCGCAGGUCUGAUAAGGAGCAAGAUUCUGAAAACGAUGGGUAUGUUCCUUAUACUGGAAAAAGAACCUUAUUGGCGUGGAUGAUUGACUCUGGCACAGUGAAGUUAAGUCAGAAGGUUCAAUAUAUGAAUCGGAGGAGGACCAGAGUAAAGCUAGAAGGUUGGAUUACACGAGAUGGCGUCCACUGUGGUUGCUGUAGUAAAAUCCUUCCAGUCUCAAAAUUUGAGCUGCAUGCAGGAAGUACAUUGCGUCAACCAUUUCAAAACAUAAUGUUGGAGUCUGGCGUUUCCUUGCUUGAGUGCUUGGUUGAUGCAUGGAAUCGGCAAGAAGAAUCUGAUCGCCAAGAUUUCCACACUGUAAACAUCGAUGAAGAUGACCCUGAUGAUGACACUUGUGGUAUAUGUGGUGACGGUGGGGACCUUAUGUGUUGUGAUGGUUGCCCUUCGACUUUUCAUCAGAGCUGUCUGGGUAUACAAAUGCUUCCUCAAGGCGAUUGGCACUGUCCAAAUUGCACAUGCAAAUUUUGUGGGACCGCCAGUAAUAAUGCAGAGGAAGGAGAGGGAGCUGUAGAUGGGCUUAUCUGUUGCAGCCUCUGUGAGAAAAAAUAUCACAAAUCAUGCAGUCUGGAUAGGAAUGCUUUAGCCACUAGUUCUAAUAAUCCAUCUGUAUCAUUUUGUGGGCAGAAAUGCCAAGAGCUGUAUGAUCAUUUGCAGAAGAUUCUUGGUAUCAAACAUGAGAUUGAAGCUGGAUUCUCAUGGUCCCUAAUUCAACGAACGGAUUUAGACUCUGAUCGUUCUCAUCAUGCCUUUUCUCAACGGGUGGAGUGCAAUUCUAAACUAGCUGUCGCACUGGCUGUUAUGGAUGAGUGUUUUUUGCCGAUUGUGGAUAGAAAAAGUGGCAUCAAUAUUAUUCAUAAUGUUCUUUAUAACUGCGGCUCAAACUUUAGUCGGCUGAAUUUUCGUGGCUUCUAUACUGCAAUCUUGGAAAGGGGUGAUGAAAUAAUAUCUGCUGCAUCCAUAAGGAUCCAUGGAACUCAACUUGCAGAAAUGCCAUACAUUGGAACCAGGAAUAUAUACAGGCGCCAAGGGAUGUGCAGCCGGUUGUUGUCUGCUAUUGAGACGGUCCUCUCCACUCUAAAAGUUGAGAAGUUGAUUAUUCCUGCUAUAUCUGAGCAUAUGCAUACCUGGACAGCAGUUUUUGGAUUUAAUCCACUUGAGGAAUCACAGAGACAAGGAAUGAAGUCCAUCAAUAUGUUGGUGUUUCCUGGGACAGAUAUGCUACAAAAGAGGCUACUAAACGGAGAGACCCUAGAGGCUGGUGUAAAUGCUGGUGAUUCGAAAUAUAGUGUUCCUCAGUUGCCUGCUUUGGUUGAAAAAGCUGAUAAGGACUCCCCUACUAAGUGCGACGACUUGCUUGAUGAAGCCUGCGUAGAAAAAAUUGAUGACGGUGUUGAUGCUUCUAAUUCUCCAUAUACACCUGUUGAUUUAAGUGAUAGUGCUACGGUUAGAGCACUAAGUGCUGAUUGUGGAUCUGAUGUUCAAAUCUCCAGCAAGGAGGCUAGAUCUGUUCAAUCCAAUAUGGAGAAGAAGCUGGCUGAAUCAACCACAAAAUCGAUGCCCUCCUCUCCUUCUGGGGCAAGUAUGGGCGAUCAAUUCUGCAUAGACAAAGUUGAUGACGGUGUCGGUGCUUCUGAUUCUCCAUCUACACCUGUUGAUUCAAGUGAUAGUGCUAUGGUUAGAGCACAAAGUGCUGAUUGUGGAUAUGGCAUUCAAAUCUCCAGUAAGGAGGCUAGAUCUGUUCAAUCCAAUAUGGAGAAGAAGCUGGCUGAGUCAACCACAAAAUCGAUGCCCUCCUCUCCUUCCGGUGCAAGUAUGGGUGAUGAAGUCUGCGUAGAAAAAGUUGAUGACAGUGUCGGUGCUUCUGAUUAUCCAACUACACCUGUCGAUUUAAGUGAUAGUGCUAUGGUUAGAGCACGGAGUGCUGAUUGUGGCUCUGAUAUUCAAAUCUCUAGUAAGGAGGCUAGAUCUGUCCAAUCCAAUAUGGAGAAGAAGCUGGCUGAACCAACCACAAAAUCGAUGCCCUCCUCUCCUUCCGGUGCAAGUAUUGGAACCGCUGAUUCAGGAGAUGCUGCAUCGGCUCCUUCCACAGAAGUUGAUGCCCAGUCAUCUGAGCCAGUCCAUCAAAAAUUGUGCAUUUCAUUGGAUGAACCUUCUGCCAGGAACACUGAGGUAGAGAAACAGAAUGAGGAGGUUUCAGAUAAUACCUCCAUUGAUGCCAAUGGGGAAGGUUUACGGACUGAUGUCACAGAUAGUUGUUUGGAACCUGCUGCGCAAAGUGCAGUAGAAGAAACUGACAAGACGAAAGUUGCCAGAAACAUUGAGGUAGAGAAACAGAAUGAGGAGGUUUCAGAUAAUACCUCCAUUGAUGCCAAUGGGAAAGGUUUGCGGACAGAUGCCACAGAUAGUUGUUUGGAACCUGCUGCGCGAAGUGCAGUUGAAGAAACUGACAAGACAAAAGUUUCAGUAUGUGUAUCUGCAACUUGUGCGAGUGCAAAGCCUGCAACAGAUGUCCUCUCAGACUCUACUCAACUAAGUAGACCUGACGUGCAGAAUGGGCAACAUGUGGGUUUAAAGCAAACUUCUGAUAUUAAACACCUUGGUGAUGCAGAUGUUUCCAUGGAGGAGGGAAUUUUGGAUGCCUCUCCAAUUGGUGAUGGAGUUAGUGAUAAUAAUGGUGCUGAAGUUUCUUCUUCUAGACCUGCUAUUGAUUCCUCGGUUGAAACUUCUUUGGAUGCUGCCCGGGAAAAUAACACUGACGGUCAACUUGGUCUCUCUCCUGGAUCUCAAGCAUGUGGCUUGAACCCUUCUGAUGGCCGUUCUGAAGAAAAAGUUUCUCUUGAUAAGAAGAUAGUUUACUCUGAGCCUAGUCAGGCAAAAAGUCAUGAAGUGACUGUGGUAGGCAGUUCCAGUGGAAAUGUUGAUUCCUCUGCUGAUGUAUCUGCAGAACUUGCUGCUGAAGAAAAGAUUGAGACUCAGGUCUAAGCCUAUUGAGGCUAAUCACACUGACAAUGCUACUUGAACAUUACCUUAAUCAACAGUAAGCUUGAUGUAGGAUUUUAUACAGGGUCUCCCAUGAAGUUGUUUCCCCACCUGAACUACCUUUGAGUAAUCGAGGUCAUGUGACGUCCUUAAGCUGUUUGCAGUUUGUUAAUCGAUCCAAUUUUGAUUCUUCGGCGCGUUAUGUCGUAAAGGAUAAAAAGGAAUCGGUUAUUCAGCAAGGCUAUUAAAAAAUUGGUCUAGGAAUUGUGCAAUUUCCGUGCUGUCAUCUAGGUGGAAGGUUUUAGAGAUGCAUAGCAGCUUUUGAUUGAAGGAGCUGAAGCCAUUGUCCUAAACCAUCUGAGGAAGUUGGGACACUCGGUGUCCUUUAGGAGCUGGUAUAAUGGUAAUUGUUUCUACAGAUCUAUCUAUAUAUAAUGGGGUGUCUGCCGUCUUGUAGUUUGGCGGUACAAUCACCAGCCUAUUAGUAGUAUUGUUAUUAAAAAGGGUAUGCGAAUUGUACCUCAUGGAUAGGGCGGCAAAUUUUGUGGACUCCGUUGGUGAAAGACACUCACGAAGAUUUUGAAUGUACAUAUGUAGUUUUGUGUAGAUCUAAUAUUCUGUUUCCAAGGUCCUCAGAGAUCCUUGUAAUUCAUCAAUUGAAAUGAUAAUAGUACCCAAGUAUCCAAGUUUCUGGUUAACUUCUUCACUAUGAGAUUCCUCGUAUUUGCUUCUUAGGAUUGUGCCUAAUCUUGCUAGCAACACGGAUUCGUGUGAGGUAAAUAUUUUUUUCACAGAUUGGAUGAUUAUUAGUUUCCUGUGACUACCGGAAGUUUGCACUAUUUUUGCAGUGUUUAUUGCUGCAGAUAUACAAAGUUUUUGUAUUUC